CCUGCCUUCUCUUCCUCCCCUUCCUCCUCUUCCUCCUCCUCCUUGCCUCCCUCUUGCCCCGGGGCUCCUGCCGCCCUUCCUCGGCCCCCUGCCCUUGCCCCGAUGGCGACUCCCGGCGCGGGCUUUUGGUCCCUGGGCUCCGAGGACCAAGACUCCGGAGAAGCCAACAGCCCCGGUCCAGCAAAGGCUUGGUGCCAGGCUGCCCAGAAGUUCACCGGAGGCAUUUCCACCAAACUCUGUGCGUUGCUCUACGGCGAUGGGGAGAAGCCCAUGGACCCGGGGGCGGCCAAGGAGGACCCCACCGCCAGGGCCAGGAAGGCCCCCUGCACCUGCAGCCAAAAGCCCUGCGCUUGCCAGAAGGAGGAGGUGAACUAUGCCUUUUUGCACGCCUCCGACCUGCUUCCAGCCUCGGAGGGCGAAGCGGCCACCUUGUCCUUCCUCCAAGACGUGGUGGAGAUCUUGCUCCAGUACCUGGUGACCAAUUUCGACCGAUCGACCAAAGUGAUCGACUUCCAUUACCCGAAUGAGCUUCUUCAGGAGUACAACUGGGAACUGGCCGAUCAGCCGCAGACCCUGGAAGAAAUCCUGCUCCACUGCAGGACCGCCUUGAAAUACGCCAUUAAAACAGGACACCCCAGGUAUUUCAAUCAACUAUCAACUGGACUGGAUAUGGUUGGGUUAGCUGCAGAUUGGCUAACGUCUACAGCCAAUACUAAUAUGUUCACCUAUGAAAUUGCUCCAGUGUUUGUGCUUUUGGAAUACGUCACACUAAGGAAAAUGAGAGAAAUUGUUGGCUGGCCAGGUGGUGCUGGUGAUGGGAUCUUUUCACCUGGUGGUGCCAUAUCUAACAUGUAUGCUAUGUUGGUUGCACGUUUCAAGAUGUUCCCAGAAGUUAAGGAGAAAGGAAUGGCAGCUAUUCCAAGACUUGUUGCCUUCACAUCAGAGCAUAGUCAUUUUUCUGUGAAGAAAGGAGCAGCAGCCUUAGGAAUUGGUACUGACAGUGUGGUUUUGAUCAGAUGUGAUGAGAGAGGCAAAAUGAUCCCAUCUGAUCUUGAAAGGAGAAUCAUUGAAGCAAAGCAAAAGGGAUUUGUUCCUUUCCUAGUAAGUGCCACAGCAGGAACUACAGUCUAUGGGGCAUUUGACCCACUGAUAGCCAUUGCAGACAUCUGCAAGAAGUACAAGAUCUGGAUGCAUGUUGAUGGAGCAUGGGGUGGUGGUCUGCUGAUGUCAAGGAAACAUAAAUGGAAGUUAAAUGGCAUUGAAAGGGCUAACUCUGUGACGUGGAAUCCACACAAGAUGAUGGGGGUCCCUCUACAGUGUUCUGCUCUGCUUGUUCGAGAAGAAGGACUGAUGCAAAGCUGCAAUCAAAUGCAUGCUUCCUACCUCUUUCAACAAGACAAACAUUAUGACUUGUCAUAUGACACUGGUGACAAGGCCUUGCAAUGUGGGCGCCAUGUGGAUGUCUUCAAACUAUGGCUGAUGUGGAGGGCAAAGGGCACUGUAGGAUUUGAAGCUCAUAUUGACAAGUGCUUGGACCUUGCAGAAUACCUGUAUAACAAAAUAAAGAACAGAGAAGGCUUUGAAAUGGUAUUUGAUGGAAAGCCUCAGCACACAAAUGUUUGCUUCUGGUAUGUGCCUCCUACCUUACGGAAUAUGGAGGAUAAUGAAGAAAGAAUGAAUCGUCUUUCAAAGGUGGCCCCAAUAAUUAAAGCCCGAAUGAUGGAGUAUGGUACUACUAUGGUCAGCUAUCAGCCUCUGGGAGACAAGGUCAACUUCUUCCGCAUGGUUAUCUCCAAUCCAGCAGCGGCUUACCAAGACAUCGAUUUUCUGAUUGAGGAAAUAGAGCGCCUCGGGCAAGAUUUAUAAUCAUGUGGUCUGUCAGACCUUUCUGAAAUGUCUCUAGGUAGACAAUUAAGUUGUCACAAACUGUGGUGAAUGUAUUUGUAGUUUGUUCCAAAGUGAAUCUAUUUCUAUAUUGUGGCGUCAAAGUAGAGUGCAAUUUAAAACUGAGAACAUUGCUCCUCUUUAAAAGUCUUUUCCCCGCACCCUUGAGUUUGUGAAUACAUCUUUUCUGAUGAAGUAAUAUAAAAAAGGCUGCAUUCAUGCAAAUCAGAAAUCAAAGACAUGCUCACAGUUCCCCCCUUCCAACUUUUAGUACAGUUAGUAAAAAUUAUAAUUUAUGCUAAAAGUAACCAAACAAAAUAGUGCCAAAUUUGCUCCCAAACUGUCGUAAAAUAAAAUGAGGGGCAGUGUGCAACAUAAAGCAAAACAAACAAAAAAAUGCUUUAAAAUGCAGACGUUUUGCCUUUUUUUCUUAGUCUAUUAGAACAGAAUUUCUAAUUUACAUGCAGACAUUUCAGAUGUAUUUAAAUACAUAUAAUUUUACAAAACAAAUAUAUAAAUAUAAAUAUAUAUAAAUAUAUAUAUUAAAAAGAUCCUAUUUUGUAAAAUAUAGAUUUUUUUAUUUUAUAUGGGUUAUAAUGACUGCAGGGGCAAAUAAUAACAAUAAUGAUAAGAGAAAUAAAAUCCUUUAUUUUCCUUCAAAGGUGGUGCAUCAGAUCUUUAACCGUGGUUAUUUUGAGACUUGACCCCACAUCAGUUCUUAAAAAGAAAUGUCUCUCAGAUCCACUUAAGAUUUUUGUCUUGUACAUUUCCAGAGUUUAGUACUGCAGCUCUUAAACAAACAAAGACCAACGGCAGUUAAACUGUAAAAUGCUGCUGCUACUCCUAAUGAUAUUUCCCAUGUGGCCUAGCUAAGCAGACGCACAAUCAUAAGAGAUUGGUUUACCCAAGAUUAAUCCUAGGGUUGUAUGUGGAGUCUUCUCCAAAACGGGUCACACUUCAGAGUAAUUGCUUAUUCACUAACUAUCUUUAUCAGCUGUGGAUGAAAGACACCUGAAAUGUCUUAGUAUAUAACACAUUCUAAGUUUAAGCAGCUCAGCAUCUGUUUGUUGGGACAACUACCCUGAAGGUGGGAGAAAGGAGAAGUAGACUGGAUUCACAAGACCAAAAUUCACCAGCAAAUCUGUAUUAGCAGCCAAACAAGAGUCCUUUCUUGGGUGCUUCCAGAUGGGGCUUUGAUUAUGCAAUUGACCUGCCCCAUCCACAGUAUUUCAUGGGGAUCCAGAGGUUGUUGUCUUCCAUGUAUAACCCUUCUGUCUUUUCCUGCUACUUGUCUUCACAAUUGGCUUUCCAUACACCCCCCCCCCCAGAAACAUUCUUAGGGAGAAGACAGAAUAGCUAUGCAUUGUCUCCAGAAGCCUCUGGAAAUUCUCCUUUUUUAAAUCCCAGGAUCCAAAUCUAACUUCAAAGCACAGAUUCAUGACAUGGUGCUAGAGUGCUCAGACCAACAUGGUGGCUGUGGAUCCAACUUUGGUUGCUGCAGGUGGGGAACUUCUAGAAUCUCAGACUAGCUGAGAAGGUUGCUCUUUGGACUGUGAUCAAGAUCUUGUAUCAGGGCUGUGUAAUGUAAAUCUCCUCAGAGUUACAGGUUGAUUGUGCUACACAAUCCUUGUGUUGAAUAGUAAUGUUACACAACUGAAUGUAUUACUGAAGGCACAAUUGAAUGGUCAACCAAGUACAAGCAUGAAGGAAUACGUCUGAGAACUUCAGCAGGUGCAUAUGGAUAUGCAUCAGCUGAGAAUGUGUGUUCACAUGUGCCUGUGUAACUAUGCUUCUGUGGCUGUGAACUGAAUGGAGGCAUUGCACAGUGAAUAAAAAUGCCCAACCACAUAAGACAUGAAUGGAAUUUUGACCAGUAUCUCUCAAAUUCUAAAGCUAACAUGAGAGAUAUCAUUUUUAAAAAACCCUAAUUGUUGAGGUUCUGCUCCAGAUCUAUUAUUACUAUGUGAAUGCAUCAGCAGUAGUCAAGCUGUAUGGGGCUGAUGGAAACUGGAGUCCAAUAAGAUCUGGUGUGCUACACAUUUUGACAUGCUUGAACUUACACAGAAAAAAGGAGCACUCUGUACAACAUUUCAGCUGUCCUCUGCAUACAAGUGCUGACAUCAUUAGGGAUAGUUAAGUGCAAUCCAUACAGCCAUUGUAAAACAGGUGUGUCAUAGAAGCCUUUCACACUACACUGUUAUAGCACUAUGAUUCCACUUUAACUGUCAUGGUUCUGUCCUAUGGAAUCCUGGGUUUUUGAAUUUAGGGAGAGGUCUUUAGAACUCUCAACCAGAGAGCUCUAGAGUUUCACCAAGCUACAAUCCUCAGGAUUUCAUAGGAUGUAACCAUGGCAGUUAAAGUGGAAUUACGGUAUUAUAACACUGUUGUAUGAAAGGAUCCACAGUCAACUACUGAGACCCUCUGUAAUUCAAAAACUCAUGAUGAUUGCAUGCAGUUCUGACUCUGUAGGUGCUCAGGGCUGCUAAAUCUUGGUUCCAUUCCUGAUUUAGAAGUAAUACUGUAUAUGCAUAGAACUGCAGUCUCCUUUCCCUGACAUAAUAUUUCUAUCCUCUCCCCUGACCUCUUAUCCACUUCUUCUGGAGAGUAGCUUCACUCCCUUCCUACCAGCUUUCUGUAUAAUCUGUGUUACGAGAAAAAGACAUGCCCAAAGCUACAUAAUAAGAUCUGUGGCUGAAUCCAUAUUUGAUCCCGAUUUUCCACUUCUAUACUCUAGCAUCCUAUUUCCACCUCACAGCUACCAGCAUAGUACAGUGGGUAGGAAACUAAGCUAGAGAAAAUUCCUAGCUAGAGAAAAUUCUUAGUUUGGUUCUCUCUGUGCUGUGUGCCCUUCUCUAAGCCACCAUCUCUUUCCAUUGUGUGCCAUGGAAAGGGGGUUACAAUACUGAACUACCUUACAAGGUUGUUAUAAGAAUCCAGUGUACUGUAUCUUGAAGUACUUCAGAUACCAAGUCAUUAUUAUAAUAGGUGUUAUUCCUUAUGAAAGCCCUCAUUUUAUGAAAAGGGCCAUUAAAUGUGGCAUGUUGAAGGUCUACCGAGAUCAGGGGAAGGGAAUAUGUGGCUUUAAGUCAUUGUUCAACUACAACUCCCAUUAUCCUUUGCCAUUGGCUAUGCUAGCAGGGGUUAAUGGAAGAUAGAAGUGAACAACAUCUGGUGGGCCACAUAUUUCCCAACCAUGACCUAGACCAGUACUAUUCAAAGUGGUGCUUCCUGGACCAACGCUGGUCCCUGAACCAUUAGCAAGUCUCCAGGAAAGAAAGAAACAAUUCUACCCAAUGGGCAUUAUACAAUGCCAGUCCCUGGCACAAUGAAAAAUAAUAGUUGCUGGUUGUUCAAAUUAGACAGCGUAAGAAACACUGACCUAGACUUUAUGGAUGUAAGACAGGUCAUAUGGUAGGACAAUCUCCCUCAACAUUUCAGCCUCCAGUUUUUAAUGGACUCUAAUUCCCAUCAGCCUUAACCAGCAUGAUCAGGGAUUAUAUCAGUUGUAAUGUAAAACAUAUGGAGAUCACUAUGCUGCAGAAGACUGAUUGGGGAGUGGAAAGGAAAUCUGUCAUGCAUUGGCUUCAUGCCUUGGAAAUGCCUCCACUUAUAAGCCUAGCUAAAUUUUGGGGUUUAGCUUUAACUCAAAUCAACAUGGCCACCUGGGUUUGUAAAGCAAUAUUGUUUUACACUCUCUCCAAAUACUUGAAGCAAACAAAUGUAAUGUUGUAGUGAUUUGAUCAAGAACACAUAACUUUGGGUACAGGCACAUUGUAACAUUGCAAAAUAGGAACAAAGAGAUUAUAAAUUGUGUCUGUAAUUGUGUUGCCUUUUAAAUUAUAUUGAUAGUAUGUUUUUUGUCACCUCAGACUGAGGGCUGUGCACUUUAGAUUUAAAAGCUGUACAGUGUUGCCAGUCAACAUAAUUGCUGUAUAAGCUUGUACAAUAUAUUACUGAGAUGUCCUUAUCUGUGUGGUAGCAGUAUUGAAUCUUGAUAUUGUAAGAACUGCAUUCAUUCUAGUUCCUCUAAUUCUCACUUGCUGUAGAUCACAUCUCCUUCAACUCUAAGCUAAUACUCAUAAACAACAUUCAGUUAUUUACAUUAAACUGUGAGUUUUGGAAAGCUUUCCAGCUCUGCUAAUAAGAUCUGAAGCAGCUUAGUGCUGCCUGCCGAGAUUCCAAUAGGUACCAUGGAGUCUCCUGUACAUUUGGACAUUUCCCAUUCACUUUAGUGGAUGGGGCAGCUCUGUGUUUGCCUUGCAGGAGACAGCAACUCCAUGUAUUGGGACAUUUGGGUUUCACCCUUUAAGCACUGCUGCUCUUCAGUCUCUGUUCAAAUGGUGAUGGCACAACUUUCCUUGACGUAAAUAGAAAUUUGUGUACUUGGGAUAAAUGAUGCUGUUAAAUGGCUCAUUUGCAGUUUAGCAAUCAAAUGCUGCUGCUUCCCCAGAGGAAAGGCAGUGCAGGGAGAAUAUCAGUGGUGAUUUAUAGGUAUGGGUUACACCUUGCAUGUAUUUUUUUAAAAAACAUAAUAAUAAAGCUGAUUACAGUUGUUGUAGAUAUUCUUUAUGUGUAUCUGUCUAAGAUCUUCACCUGGUGCUUCCAUGUGCAUAAGCACCAGCAUGACUUUCUUUUUCCAUGUUAACUCUUGUCUGUUGCAUCUAGGGAAAAGAACUACCUGGCAAUGUGUUCUUCUUGUAUUUGAUUCAAGUAUUAAAUCUGUGGUGGUGUCACUCAGAACCCAAAUAAAAAAUGUAAAAUGUG